AUUGUAUGAGAAAUUAUCAAUAACAAUAUUAAAUAAUUUUAACAAAUUUCGGGCUAAAAUUAAUUAUUAAAUUCAAGUUCAAAUAUUUUUCAAGAAAAAUAUUAAAUAUUUUCUUAAAUAAUAAAAAGUAAAGUUAAUAAUUUUAAGUGUAAAUAAAAUUGAAGAAAGACCAAAUAAAUAUUUUUUAUUCUUGUUAUUUUUCAACAAAGCGUAAAAUUUUAAAGAAAUUUUUAAUCAUGUGCAAAUUAAAUUCAAACUUUUCUCUCAUACUAAUAUUUUGUUAUCAAUUUCUUAAUAUUAUGAAUGCUGAAAGUUCUAUUCUCAGAAAAAGCUCCAGUAUUACAGAGGAAAAUAAACAGGACACAGCCAGUAACUAUAAACCUUCAACAAUGAAUGAAAGUAAUGUCAUUAUCAGUUAUCAUCGUCAUCGUAGCAUACGAGAUAUUAAUAAUUUUGAAGAGGAUGAAGUUGGAUGGACCAAUAUAAAUGAACAAGUCGAUAUGACAAUUCCAUUGAUAUUGUCACAUUUUCAAGAACUUGGUAUGACACAUUUUAAAUUACCAGAGGUUAAGGAAGGCAUAUCAAUUUCACCACUAUUUUUAACAUAUUCAGCUGAAUUAACGUUAUUUAAUGGUGCUGUAUACAAUAUUGAAGGUAUCUAUAGGUAUGGCAAUGCAAUGAUGACAUAUCGUGAUAAAGCUUUUCAAGUUCGUUUAAAUUUGAUUAUUAAGAAAUUACAGUUUGAAUAUGAUUUUAUUGCGAAAGCAAUGAUUGUCAGUGUAAUGGGUGGUGUUGUUGGACAUUUGGAAGAUAUUAUAGUAUCAUGUGAUUUUUCAGUAGACGUAAGAGAUCCUAUUUUACAAUUGAAUGAUUUUCAAAUUGAAAGAUUCGGAAACAUCAUUGUUCAAUUAAAUCAUAAUCGAGUUGUUCAAGAGCUCAGUACAUUUGUUUUAACUCCGAUUACAAAUUUAUUUCGAGAUCGAAUUACAACAACUAUAUCAGAAGAUAUUAAAGGAACAAUACAAGAAACAUUGGUAGAUUUUAGUAACAAAGAUCAAUUAGGUAUUAAAAAAUUUACAAGACAAGUAUUAUCUGGUUUAAUUAGAGCAAGUUUAAAUUCAUCAGAGAAAUCUAAUGAAGAAAAAUCUUAGUUUUCAAAUUGAAAUUUAUAUUGUUUUUAUUAUGAAAUUUAAUUUGGUGUGAUAUAU